AUGAUACGCACAUCACCGUCUCACCCCGUCAUUAUCCUCGGCGCGGGUAUGGUCGGCCUCACUCUGGCUCAAGCCCUAAAGAAAGCCGGCAUUCCUUUUCAGGUCUACGAGCGAGACAGCGCUGCAGACACUGAAAAGGGUCGUGGAUGGGCAUUGACGGUUCACUGGGCCUUGUCUGCACUGGAAGAAUGUCUCCCUCCAGAGCUAUACAAUAGACUAGAGAAUAUUCAAGUCGAUCCUACUCUAGACGACUCACGUCGGUUUUGUUUCCUCGACCUCUCAACCGCAAUCCCGAAGUAUAUUAUCCCACCUAGCAAGCGCCUUCGUGUUAAUCGUCGCCUCCUGGGCAAUCUGCUUGGGGAGGGAAUCGACAUUCAAUACAACAAGACCCUCUCCUCUUUCCACGUCUCUCCUGAAAUUCCCGAUGCGGUGACAAUCUCCUUCACCGACGGCACAUCUACAACUGGCUGUCUCCUUGUCGGUACUGACGGCCGAAACAGUAAAACUCGUCGCAUUCUCCUCGGCGAAGAGAUCGGCGCCUUGAAUCCGCUUCCUGUUUGCAGUAUCGGCACCACGAUCACAAUGACACCCGAGCAAUUCGCGCCUAUUCGCGAAAUAGAUCCGCUUCUGUUCCAAGGCUCCCACCCGGCGACAGGGGUUCCACAAAUCAAUGGAAGCAAAGAUACUCUGAAUCCUUUCUACGAAGGCCAGCUCAUUCAGUCCUGGCUUUAUAAAUCCGAGAAAGACGCCGUGCCAGAAACAGACUCAGAGCGAUUGGCACUGUUCAAACGUAAUGCGCAGUGUUUCCACUGGCGACUUCGAGAAGCCAUCAAUACCCUUCCGGAGGAUAGCAAGGUUAUACAUAUUAAACUGGUUGAUUGGGUGCCUGUCGAGUGGGACAAUCGUGAUGGUCGUGUGACGCUAGCUGGAGACGCCGCACAUGCGAUGACUUCCUACCGUGGAGAGGCAUUUAAUCAUGGUGUGGCAGAUGCGGCGGUACUCGCAAGGAACAUUAUCACUGCGUGGAAUGACCCUGCAGCUAUCGGAAGACUGGGAGACGCGGUGAGUCGCUACGAAGUAGAGAUGAGAGAGAGAACGUGGGAAUCAGUGCUUUUGAGUACCCAGGCUUGUUUGGAUGCUCAUGAUUUGAAUGGCUUGCAGCCUGAUAGUCCGAUCGUGAGCAAGAGGGCAAAAGUAGCUCGGGAAGCUCGAGACGCAAGGGCGAAAGCAAAGUUGUUGGAAGUUGUAGUCUAG